AUGUACCUCGCACAAUAUGGUUAUUUAAGUCCGUCUGUAAGAAAUCCAUCCAGUGGUCACAUUAUAGAUGAGAGCUCCUAUAAGAAAGCUAUAGCAGAGUUUCAAAGCUUCGCUGGAUUGAAUACUACAGGUGAACUUGACGAAGAGACCAAAACUUUAAUGUCACUGCCAAGGUGUGGAGUUAAAGAUAAAGUAGGUUUCGGUGAAAGCCGGUCCAAGAGGUACGCCCUGCAAGGUUCAAGAUGGCGUGUAAAGAAUUUGACGUACAAAAUAUCGAAGUACCCCUCCCGACUAAACCGUGAUGAAGUUGAUACCGAGCUGGCGAAAGCUUUUUCAGUGUGGUCCGAUUACACCGACCUGACUUUUACACAAAAGAGAUCCGGCCAAGUUCAUAUUGAAAUUAGGUUUGAAAAAGGCGAGCAUGGUGACGGCGAUCCUUUUGACGGUCCCGGUGGCACCCUCGCACACGCUUACUUCCCUGUUUACGGUGGUGAUGCCCAUUUCGAUGACGCUGAGAUGUGGUCUAUAAAUUCUCUGCGUGGGACCAAUCUCUUCCAGGUCGCUGCUCAUGAAUUCGGUCACUCAUUAGGGUUGUCACACAGCGAUGUACGGACUGCCCUCAUGGCCCCAUUCUAUCGCGGCUAUAACAAAGCCUUCCAGUUAGACCAAGAUGAUAUACAAGGAAUCCAGGCUCUAUAUGGACACAAAACUCAGCUGGAUGUCGGUGGAUCCUUCCCAAGUCCAUCAGCACCUCGUAUCACCACCCCUCAGCCUUCUGCUGAAGACCCAGCGUUGUGUGCCGAUCCUAAUAUCGAUACCAUUUUCAAUUCCGCUGAUGGCGCUACCUUCGUAUUCAAAGGUGAACACUACUGGCGUCUAACGGAGAACGGUGUAGCAGCUGGAUAUCCUCGUCUGAUCUCCAGAUCAUGGCCAGGUUUAACAGGUAACAUCGAUGCUGCAUUCACAUACAAGAAUGGAAAAACGUAUUUCUUCAAGGGUUCUAAGUACUGGAGGUAUAAUGGACAGAAGAUGGACGGACAGUACCCGAAAGAAAUUAGUGAAGGAUUCACUGGUAUUCCUGAUAACUUAGACGCAGCACUUGUUUGGUCCGGAAACGGUAAAAUAUAUUUCUAUAAGGGCUCCAAAUUCUGGAGGUUCGACCCUGCUCAGCGCCCUCCCGUAAAAUCAACGUACCCCAAACCUCUCUCGAAUUGGGAAGGAAUUCCGGAUAAUAUAGACGCGGCUCUGCAAUACACAAAUGGUUACACGUACUUCUUCAAAGGUGGAUCCUACUGGCGGUUUAAUGACAGAACGUUCAGCGUGGACACAGAUAACCCAGCGUUCCCAAGGUCAACAGGCUAUUGGUGGCUCGGCUGCAGUAGUGCACCAAAAGGCACAGUUGGAGGUAACGCCAAAUACGUCCACCACGAUCACGAUGACGAUGAUGAAGUGGGGGACAUCACUUUCGAUGCAGACUUAGGUUAUAAGAAAUAA